AUGGCGGAAAAACAUGCACUUCAUGAAAGUGAUGAGGGUUAUGCCGAAAGUGGGUACGAAAAUGGCGGUUUCAAGCGACAAAAACUUGCUUCAGGCGAGAUUCAUAGAACAUAUCAGGCUGGAGGGGGUGGGAAUCCGCACUAUACGGAUCCCUCGCCAGUUAUUCACGUUCGUGGAGUUGCAGAUGAAGCCCGCGAACAAGAUUUGAUGCACGCUUUGUCUUCAUUUGGUCCAAUCAGUUGUGUAACGAUGAUGCCGAAACUGCGACAAGCACUAGUGGAAUUUGACGAUGUUUCAUCAGCAAAAUCUCUGAUGGAUUAUACACAGAGUGGACAGACAAUUGUGCUUCGUGGGAGACCUGCUUACUUCAACUUUUCAAAGAGCAAAAGUAUUUCCAAGACAUUCUGCACACAAUCUUUAGUAAACAAGGUCAGGUGUUAAGGAUUGUCAUUUUCAGGAAGAGUGGUUUGCAGGCCAUGGUUGAAUUUGCUACAGUGGACCAAGCUCAACAAGCUAAAGAUGUUUUGAACAGAGCUGACAUUUACACUGGCUGUAACACACUGAAAAUUGAAUACUCAAGAGCUACAUCACUGAAUGUGUACAAGAAUGAUGAGGAAACAUUUGAUUAUACUGAAGACAAAGCAUAUGAAGCUGUUGGAGUAAGACCACCCAUGAAAGAAGGUCUGUUAAGUCGCCCCCCAGGCGGGCCAUAUCCUGGCCGAGGGGGAAUGGUAAUGCGCGGACCCAGGCCCUUGCUUCAGCAGUCACCUAUGGCAGGAGGUUGUGUUCUGAUGGUCUAUGGACUGCAUCAGCAUAAGAUGAACUGCGACAGAGUUUUUAAUAUUCUCUGUUGCUAUGGAAAUGUCCUCAAGGUGAAGUUCUUGAUGAAUAAGCCCGGAGCAGCCAUGGUGGAGUUGAGCGAUCACGUGGCUUGCAACACUGUCAUUCAGUGUAUGAGGAACCAGCAACUGUUUGGUGAACAGUUAGAGUUCAGUUUUUCCAAGCAAAAGUACCUUGUAGAUGCGUCGACUGUCUCAGAUUUGCCAGACGGAACUCCAUGCUACAAGACUUAUGCAAAUUCCAAGAAUCAAAGGUUUUGGACACCGGAACAGAGCAGCAAGAAUCGGAUUUUUUCUCCGACGAAAGUAUUACACUUUUUAAAUGCCCCACCAGACUUCGAUACAGAAAAAGUGAAAGAGAUGUGUUCAAAUUGUGGCGUGGAGCCGCCUGUUGCUGUUAAAGUAUUUCCGAAUGCCUCGCGGUCAGCGGCAGGUCUGUUAGAAUGGAACAGUCCGUCCCAGGCCCUUGACGCUUUGGCAGCGUGCAAUCAUUACGUGAUUCGUGAUCCCGCUGCCAAAACCAUCUUCACAGUCAAACUUGCCUUCUCAUCCAUGUCCAGUGCCCAAUGAGAAGUCACAAGCGACCUGUCCCACCCCGGACGAUUUGCGUUGAGCGACCCUGUAGGAGGGUGCGAAAGUAUUGAGUAGAUAACGUACUUUGGAUACCAGCAAGAAAAGAUAUAGACUUACGUUUAAAGGAAAAGAGAAAUUGAGAUUUAUUUUA